AUGAUUCGGUCGGGCAACUUGACAACACUGUUUCUUGCGACUGACACGAAUGACGAGGAGGUGAACGAACUCGAGAAUAUCAUGCGUACCUACAUCCCGAACCUGAGGCUGGUUCGGCAGCCGACGUUCCUGACAGGCGAGGACUGGGCGGCAGUGCUUGCUCAGGCCAAUCUCACCCACAUGUUCACUGUGCAAGCCAUGCUCGAUAAGUGGGUGCAGUGGGUGCUGCAGUGGGUGCUGCAGUGGGUGCUGCCACUAACCGACCCAUCAGACUCGACUGCCGACCCAUCAGACUCAACUGGUGAGUGCGUUGGUACUGCGGCGGUGUGGAGAGGAAGGGGCAUGAAGGAGGGAGUGGAGGAGUGCACGUGGAUCAAGAAGGAAGCACUGUGGCGGUUGCAGUGGGUGCAGUGGGUGCUACAAAUAACCGACCCAUCAGAGUCGACUGGCGAGUGUAUGAGGAGAAAAGGGGGAAGGAGGGUGAAGCCAGUGACCCAGAAGGAGAAGGACGAGGAGGACAAGGCGAAGGUGGCAGCAGGCGUGUGUGACAAGACUCAGAACUAUGGCAAGCUGUAUGGGAUGGGACCUAUUGCGUGGGAGCCGCAGCCUGGCAAAUACGUGUUGAUGGAUUGCUACAGGAACCAGGUGAGGGGUUGGGAGGAGUGGAGAGCAGUGUAUGGUAUGGCUGCAGGCGUGUGUGACAAGACUCAGAACUAUGGCAAGCUGUAUGGGGCGGGGCCGAUUUCGAGGCAGCCGCAGCCUGAGAAAUACGUGUUGGUGGACUGCUACAGGAACCAGAUGAGCAACCGAGUGCACUGCAUGAACAAGUACCUCAUAGCAGCAGGCUAUCUGAAUCGCACACACACCCAUUCCCACCGCACUCCACCACACUCCACCCCUUCCCACCCCACUCCACCAGAUGAGCAACCGGGUCCGAUGAGCAACCGGGUCCGGUGCAUGAACAAAUACCUCAUAGCAGCAGGCUAUCUGAAUCGCACACACACCCAUUCCCACCGCACUCCACCACACUCCACCCCUUCCCACCCCACUCCACCAGAUGAGCAACCGGGUCCGAUGAGCAACCGGGUCCGGUGCAUGAACAAAUACCUCAUAGCAGCAGGCUAUCUGAAUCGCACGCUGGUCGUGCCUCUGCAUGCUGACAAGAUCAGCCGCAAUUAG